UUUUUGUUUAUCCAAAAGUGUUUGAAGGGUUGUGAUCUUAAAUCUCCAAACACCCGAUAACAACAUUUAGGUAAAUUUAAUAAUAAAGCCACACUCAGUGUGGUUAAUUAAGUUUAUCAUAAAUUACCUAAACAUGGACUGUAAAAGUGUAAACAAAAAUGAAAUACGAGUCGUAGAUACAUACCUAUAAAUAAAAAUUAUUUUUCAUUAUUUGCGACGUGAAAAUUAGUUUACGUUUUCGAAGAGUCGGCCACAAAGAGGCCCAAAUUUAUCAAGAGCUGGACCCUUUAGCCAGCGUUUAGUUCCGCCUCUGCUCAGCAAAACUAUAAAUUAGCGCGGCAUCCGCUGCGAGAUAGAAUUAAGAAUCGUGUCCAACGAGUUACAAGUGCUUUUAAUUAAAUAAUGGACCAGGGAUUUAAACCGAAAAAACAAACACAUCCCAGAGAAACUGCAAACGUUUUAUCCCUAAUCACAUUCUUUUACUCCUUCGAUCUCUUCAAAAAAGGCUUCAAAAAGGAGCUAGAAGAUGACGACAUAUACGAGGUUUUGAGCGGCUGCAGAUCAAAAGAACUGGGCGAUCAACUGGAAGAGCAAUGGCACCUGGACAAGAAGAAGAACAAGCGGCCCUCGAUGGUGCGCGUCCUUUGGGCCUGUUUCGGAAAAACCUACAUGCUGUUUGGGGCGAUGCAGCUGAUAAUGAGGACUAUUUUCGUAGUUGCAGUCCCAGAAGCCCUGGGCAAACUGGUCUCGUAUUUUAGUCCAGGGCAAACCGAUCUGACCAAAGAAGAUGCUUACUUUUAUGCAGCUGCAGUCGUUGGCCUCGGGAUUGUUAAUUUUGUCUACACUCAAAACUAUUUAAUAGCAUUGACCGAAUUUGGGAUCAAAAUUCGGACGGCCGUUUGCUCUUUCAUCUACCGCAAAGCACUCAAGAUGACAGAGGCGUCGCUUUCCGACAUAACGAUGGGAAAAAUCGUGACUUUGAUAACAAAGGACAUUUUUGCAAUUGAAAUGGUUGUACAUUUCGGAAAUGACAUCUGGAUUGGCCUCGUCCAAACUGCAAUCAUUUGUGGGUUAAUUUACGGCAAAAUUGGAGUUGCCGCUUUCGCGGGCGUUGGCUUUUUCCUCAUAGUUCUUCCUUUACAAAUAUUUAUUGCCAGAAUGUCAACGUCGUAUCGUCUGAAAACCAGUAAAAAAACCGACGAACGCAUCCAACUCACCCAAGAAACCCUCUCAAGCAUCAAAACGAUCAAAAUGUACUCGUGGGAAAACUUCUUCAACAAAAAAAUUUCCUCAUCACGAAAGAAAGAAGUUAAUUCGAUAUUUAAGUUAUUUUGCUUGAAGAUCAUCAUUAUAGUGAUUGGAGGACUGUCCGCAAAGAUCGGUUUCUACGUCCUUAUCAUGACCUACGUCUGGUUGGGAAACUACAUCACUGCCGAAAUCGUUUAUUUCAUCCAAAGUUGUUUCGGAAAAUUGAGACACCUCCUCAGUAUUUUAUUCCCAAUAGGGCUAACUUUCGGGGCAGAGCUUUCGGCGACUUUUAUUCGACUCCGAAGUAUUUUAGAGGCCGAAGAGGUGCCAACUCCUCGAAAUCAUCUCGCUGUUGCAAUAAAAGGACCUGCGGUAAUCCUCGACAAGGUCUCAGUCAAAAUAAAAGGAGUUGAGCUUAUUAAAAAUCUCACAAUGACAAUACAAAAAGGGUUAAACAUCGUCGUAGGUAGUGUAGGUACUGGGAAAAGCACUUUCCUGAAAACAAUCCUCGAGGAUUAUAAAACUGACGGCAAUUUGACCAUUUAUGGAAAACUGUCUUAUGCUUCACAAGAGCCUUGGCUGUUUCCGUCAACAAUCAAGCACAAUAUACUGUUCGGAGAGAAACUCGACCAAGAGAGGUACAAAAGAGUCCUAGAGGUUUGUGCCUUGAACUACGAUCUGAACUUGUUGAGUGACGGUGAUGGGACUCUUGUGGGCGACAAUGGUGUCAAUUUGAGCAAAGGGCAACAAGCUCGGGUCAAUUUAGCCCGAGCUGUGUACAAAAACGCUGAUAUCUACCUACUGGACGACUGUUUGGCGGCUCUUGAUGGACAUGUCUGUGAUUACAUCUUCAAAGAGUGCAUUUUGGAGUUCCUUAAAGACAAACUGUGCGUCCUGGUGACCAAUAACCAUGACCAUAUCCAGGCAGCCGAUAGAAUAAUUGAAAUAAAAACUGCCACUGCUACGUACGAAGAAAAUAAAAACCGCGUCGUGUUCGAACUGCCCAAAAGUAAAGAAGUGGUCAAAAGUGACGAAAUCGAGAAAGUGGAAAAGGAGCCUCCACGUACCAACCUUUACAAAGAAGCUAAAAAGAGUGGCAAAGUGGAUUACGGGCCGACUUUGAAAGUCAGAUGACGUCAGUUGAGCGAGUUUUGCAAUACACUGAAGUGGAACAAGAGAAAAAAGAGGGCCAAAUCGUCAAAGAGUGGCCACAAGAAGGCCAAAUCAAUUACGAAAAAGUGUCAAUGAAAUACG